GAGGCCAGGGUUGCCCGGCGGCCAGCGGGAACGCGCUCCGGGGGGUGGGGACGCGCGAGCUCACGACUGCUCAAUGACAAAUCGAGUAGGGACGGCUGGGGUCCAGCCCCAGGACGGGGCGGGGCGCCCGUGAGAGCGGCGAGUCUGGUUGUGCACACAGCUAGAGCGGUGGUGCGACGGAUUCCCCAGCUCCCCAUCUGGGCCAUCUGUCCACGUGUCACCGCCUCAGACCAGCAGGAUGGCUGCCAACAAGGGCAAGAGCCAGGGCUCCCUGGCCCUCCACAAGGUCAUCAUGGUCGGCAGCGGAGGGGUGGGCAAGUCAGCGCUGACGCUUCAGUUCAUGUAUGACGAGUUUGUGGAAGACUAUGAGCCCACCAAAGCCGACAGUUACAGAAAGAAAGUGGUUCUGGACGGAGAAGAGGUCCAGAUAGACAUUCUGGACACAGCCGGCCAGGAGGACUACGCCGCCAUCCGAGACAACUACUUCCGAAGCGGAGAGGGCUUUCUGCUCGUGUUCUCCAUUACGGAGCAUGAGUCGUUCACCGCCACGGCCGAGUUCAGGGAACAGAUCCUCCGAGUCAAGGCCGAGGAGGAUAAAAUCCCGCUGCUGGUCGUGGGCAACAAGUCUGACCUGGAGGAGCGGAGGCAGGUGCCCGGGGAUGAGGCCCGAGGCAAAGCGGAGGAGUGGGGUGUGCAGUACGUGGAGACGUCAGCGAAGACCCGGGCCAAUGUGGACAAGGUGUUCUUUGAUCUCAUGAGAGAAAUCCGAUCGAAAAAGAUGUCAGAAAACAAGGACAAGAAUGGCAGGAAAAGCAACAAGAGCAAGAAGAGUUUCAAAGAGCGGUGCUGCUUGCUGUGAGCAGGACGUGGGCGCAGAGCAGGGUGGGCCACGCUGCAGCGUGAGGCUGGAGGUGGCCUCCAGCCCGGCUUCCUGCUCCCGCAGCUGCAUUCACUGUCACUUCUUUAAAUGGGACAGUAUCUGUGCGUCGGUGGCUGGCAAAGAAAAGAUGCCUUUGUCUGUGUACUGGAUCUCUUAAUUUUGGCAGGAGCUCAGAGAGUCUACCCCACCCCCACCCUUCCCGAACCAUGGCCACCACCAGCUCUAGGGACAGAGUUCUGGGGAUCAGAAAAAGUAUUGUCACAGCCUCUUAUGUCCCCUAGUUUUAGGACAUGACCAUCUUUUGUUUGAAACUCAAAAUGUUCCAUUUUAGCUGGGAAUGAUGGUGCACACCUGUAGUCCCAGGACUCUAGAGGGUAAGACAGGGAGGGUAGCCUGAGCUCAAGACCAGCUUGGGCUACCUAGUGAGACUCUGGCUCUAAAAGAAAAAAAAAAUUACUGUCUUAUUUUCUUAGAUUUUAGAAGAGGGUCUCCAGCAAGACCCCUUGUCGGUUCUUAUCAGUUUAGAAGUACACAGAAAAAAACCUAAGCUCCGAUAAUACUGAAAACAAAAGAUCUCUUUCUUUCUUUCUUUCUUUCUUUCUUUCUUUCUUUCUUUCUUUCUUUC